AUGUUAAGGUUUAUUGGAAAGAAUCUGAAUCGCUAUAAUUUUUCAGAAUUACAAAAAUUUGGAAACUCCUUCCUUGGUGCUUAGAAUGCAGAAUUUUUAGACAACUUAUUAGAUAAAUGGUCUCAAGACCCGAAUUCUGUGCCAGCUAGUUGGGAUGCAUAUUUUAGAUAAGUGUGUGAAUCUAACAAAUUCGAUUUUACACCUGAGCCUUAAAAGGGUUAGACAAUCUCAUUUUAAGCAGAUGUAUUGUUGCAUGUAAUUUCUAAGCAAGUGUCAGGUGUCAGAAAAUUGUUAUCAGAUCAUUUUAGAGUGAGAUUAUUAAUCAACAAAUACAGACACAGAGGUCACGAAAAAUCAAUAGUUGAUCCACUAGAUUUGGAACACAUCUAGCAGAUAGGAAAAGUUAAAGGUUAUACAAAAUUGGAUUAUCGUGAAUAUUUCGCAGAAGAAGAUUUAGACAGAGAGUUUUAUAUUCAUGAUGAAGUAAGCUCAGGUAUAUCCAAAGAAAAAUAAUGUAAUGAUUUGAUUAAUUACGUAGUAAUGAAAUUGAGAGAUUUAAUUAAUUAUUUAGAAAAGGCAUAUUGCGGUAAAAUAUCUUAUGAAUAUAUGCAUAUUUAAUCAACAGAGGAAAGAAAUUGGAUUAGAGAGUAGAUUGAGAAGUUCGAAGAGUUUCUUCCUUCAAAGGAGUAAAAAUUGAAAACUUUUGAAAGGUAAAGCAUCGUAUAAUUUGGAUUAGACUUGGAUAAGAACAUGCAUUUAGUACAUUUUUGCAGAAGAAGUUUAAUACUUCUAAGAGAUUUGGAAUAGAAGGAUGUGAUUCGAUGAUUUCAGGAUUGCAAUCUAUGGUUGAUAGUGCUGCUUCAGCUGGAGUAGAAUAUAUAGUAUUUGGAAUGGCUCACAGAGGAAGAUUGAAUACAUUAUAUAACGUGUUUUAGAAAUCACCCGAAGAAAUUAUGGUUGAAUUUUAAGAUUUAAAAGGAAUAUAUAACGAAGACAUUUGGGGUAAUUCUGGAGAUGUAAAAUAUCAUUUGGGAAGUGUCCAUAAUGUUAAAUUUGGAGAAAAAAAACUAAGAUUAGAAAUGCUACCAAAUCCUUCUCAUUUAGAAACUGUAGAUCCUUGUGUUUAUGGCAAAGUCAGGGCUAUUUAAGAUUAUCAUAAAGAUAGAAAUGGAGACAAGGCAUUCGGAGUAUUGAUUCAUGGAGAUGCUGCAGUUGCCGGUUAGGGCAUUGUAUAUGAGUCAUUAUAAAUGGCAGACUUAGAAGGAUAUAAAUCAGGGGGCAUAAUUCAUGUAGUGUCCAAUAACCAAAUUGGAUUUACUACAGUGCCCAAAGACAGUAGAUCAGGUUUAUAUUGCACAGAUAUUGCUCAUGCUAUUUAAGCACCUGUGAUCCAUGUCAAUGCUGAUGAACCUGAAUUGGUAGAUAAAGUAUUUUAGGUUGCAACUCUUUAUAGAACUAAAUUCAAAAGAGAUAUCUUCAUCGACUUGGUUGGUUAUAGAAGAUAUGGACAUAAUGAAUAAGAUCAACCCAAGUUUACUUAACCAAUCAUGUAUGAAAAGAUUGAGAAAACUCCACCUGUUUUUGUGAAAUUCGCAGAGAAAUUGAUUGCUUAGGGAAUAGUGACAAAGGCUGAGGUAGAUCAAUUGAUGAAAACACAUGAGGACAAUCUAGAAGUAGCAUAUCAAAAAUCAAGGAAAAUGGACUAUAAUUUGAAAGAUUGGCAACCUGUUCCUUGGGAAAUGAUAAAAGUACCAACACUUUGGGGUAGAAUCAAAGAUACUGGAGUGCCAAUUAAUAUUUUGAAAUAAAUUGGAGAUAAAAUAAAUACAAUUCCAUCUGAUUUUAAUGCUCAUCCAUAAAUACGUAAGUUUUAUGAGGAGAGACUCAAUUCAAUAUAGAAAGAUUAAGGAGUUGAUUUUGCAACUGCUGAAGCUCUGGCAUUUGGGACACUCCUUCAUGAAGGAUUUAAUGUCCGAUUAUCUGGUGAGGAUGUUCAAAGGGCUACCUUCUCUCAUAGACAUGCUGUUAUUCACGAUUAAAAAAAUCCAAAUGGUCCCUCUUUUGUUCCAUUACAUGCAGUAAUACCAAAAGGCUAAGAAAAUGAUAGAUUAAGCAUUUAUAAUUCUCAUUUAUCAGAAUAUGGAGUAUUAGGUUUUGAAUAUGGAUAUUCUAUUACUAAUCCAAAUACAUUAGUACUAUGGGAAGCUCAGUUUGGAGAUUUUGCAAAUGGAGCAUAAAUCAUUAUUGAUAAUUAUAUAGCAAGUGCUGAAUCUAAAUGGGACGUUGAUAGUGGAUUAGUUAUGUUAUUACCUAAUGGUAUGGAUGGAUAAGGACCAGAGCAUAGUUCAGGAAGAGUGGAAAGGUUUUUACAAUUAAGUGAUGAUGAUCCUGCUGUCUUUGAAAGAAAUCUAGGAGGUAAUUAAAUGUAAAUAUGUAUUAAGUUCGACUUAAGAGAUAGAUGAGAAAUUCAAAUAUGUAGAUUGUUCAAUGCACUACACCUGCUAAUUAUUUCCACUCCUUAAGAAGAUAGUUGAGAAGAGAUUUCAGAAAACCACUUAUAGCCAUGACUUCCAAAAAGCUUCUGAGACUCUAGGCUGCUAAAUCUAAAUUAAAUGAAUUCUCUGAAUAGGCCAGAUUCUCGUAAAUUUAUGAUGACCCUUUCCCUGAAUUAAUUGAUUCACCAGGUUAAAUCCAAAGAGUCAUCUUGUGUUCAGGACAAGUCUAUUAUGACAUUCUUAAAAAAAGAGAAGAGCUCAAAGUUAAGGUAAAAAAUUGUUCUUAUUAAGAAUACUGCUAUUGUGAGAAUUGAAUAAUUGGCACCAUUCCCAUACGAAUUCUUAUAAACUGUUAUCUAAAAGUACAAGAAAGCUCAUUUUGCUUGGGUCUAAGAAGAACAUCAAAAUUAUGGACCUUGGUCUUUUGUUAGGCCAAGAAUCCAAAGUGUUAUCUCAAAAACCUAAGGCUUAAUUUAAUAGCAAGUUUAAUAUAUUGGCAGAAAACCAAGUGGUUCACCAGCUACUGGAUUCCAUUAGCUUCAUGAAAAAGAGGUCCAAGCCUUUUUAACCAAGGCCUUUGAAUUUUGAUACAACGUUAAAAAUAAUAAUUAAAAAUGCA